CCUUCGGGCACAUUGAGGUCUCCAGGGACGAACUACAGGUCAGGGAUUCCUGGGCAUACCUGCCCCUGGUCCGACCUACUGACAGAACCAAGGCCCUCCCCUUCACAGCCGCACAUUCCCGCGCCACGCCUGACCUCUCGGGACACACCUAGCCCUGUGGACCCAGACACGGUGGAGGUGCUGAUGACCUUUGAACCCGACCCUGCUGAUCUUGCCCUGUCAAGCAUUCCCGGCCAUGAGACCUUUGACCCUCGGAGACAUCGCUUUUCAGAGGAGGAACUUAAGCCCCAGCCAAUCAUGAAGAAGGCAAGGAAAAUUCAGGUGCCAGAGGAGCAGAAGGACGAGAAGUAUUGGAGCCGGCGGUACAAAAACAACGAGGCAGCCAAGAGGUCCCGCGACGCCCGGAGGCUAAAGGAGAACCAGAUAUCAGUGCGGGCGGCCUUCCUGGAGAAGGAGAAUGCCCUACUGCGGCAGGAGGUGGUGGCUGUGCGCCAGGAGCUAUCCCACUACCGCGCUGUGCUGUCCCGCUACCAGGCCCAGCACGGGGCCCUGUGAGGCCACCCCCUUCCCCCACCCAGCAGAGCUGUCCUCUGCCUUGCUCAGACUUGCGCCCUGACGCCCUCUUCCCUAACCACCCUGUGGCCCCAAGGGCCGGCCAGCUGGGUGCCCCAGGGACGUGAUGAUGCAGAUAAAUACAUUUAUAUUUUUAAGAAAAA